CCCGGUAGCUGUCAAAACGAACGACGAUCGUCCCUGGUCGCUCGGUCCAUGCUUGUUCAUUUUGUGCAACCCCUUUAUCCAAAAGUUGUACGAUGACAACUGUUCUCCCACCAACGUCACCAUGCCACCACGGUUGAACAUACUCGGUGCAGGCCGAUCGCUGGCUAUUCGAUCGAGGCCCUCGAUUGCCUCUCAACAACCUCGAAUCCUCAAUGCGGUUUCACGGAGGGGAUAUGCCGACGAAAAGGAUCAACCUCCGUCGGGCCCAAAUGAAAAUGUCGAGGGCCAUGUGAGCGAAUACGAGCAGGAGAUGUCCAGAAUCACAGGAGGCACGAAGCCUGAUAUCGGCCAAGGAACACCUGUUCAAGAAAUCCUCGAACGAGAUGAAGAGGGCAAAGAGAAAGCCCCAGAAGUCAUCAAGGAGGAGAUCGAUGGCUCAAAAGCCAGUGCCAAUGACAACCUAACCACCUUCGCGAACCUGCUGGCUCUGGGUCAAAUGGAGAACAUCGCAGCAGGAGGACAUGGCUCCGACCCAGUCACAGUAGGACACAAAUACGGCAUACCGCAAUUGCCACUGGCAAGCAACCUCAACUUCAAGCGCAGGUACGAUCCCGUGGUAAACCAAGUGACGAACCUCAUCAUGAGGCACGGCAAGAAGAGUGUUGCUCAAAGGAACAUGUCCUUCAUAUUAAACCAGCUCCGCACAGCCCCUCCUCCAACUCCUAAUCCCUCCCGUCCUCUACUCCCCGGUUCUCCGCCGCCUUCCCACCUUCCACUGGAUCCAAUCGGCUACCUGACUCUCGCCAUCGACUCCGUUGCGCCACUGCUGCGAAUCCGGUCUCAGCGUGGUGCAGCGGGUGGUGGAGCCGCGCUUCAGAUUCCCGUCCCGCUGGGAUUGCAACAACGGAGGCGGACGGCUGUGCAAUGGAUCUUGGAUGCAGCUAGCAAGAAGAAAUCGAGGGGUAGUGGGAAGGGACAAUUCGCUCAGAGGUUUGCAGACGAGAUUAUUAGUGUGGUGGAGGGGAAGAGCGGUGUUUGGGAGAGGAGGCAGUUGGUACAUAAGACGGGAACAUCGGCGCGAGCAAACUUGAAUUAUGGGGUACGCGGAAGGCGGUCUUUAUGAUCGGUCUGGCGGUGGUUUGGAAUUGUAUCAUACUGUAUACUCGGAAGCCUCAAUGAAAGGUACUUCUUCACGUCUGUCUACCUAAUAAUUUUGCAUCUUGAUUCGGGAGCUUAGUCUACGAAUCUGGCACAUCAAACCCUCUGUCGAGAACACCAAGAGGUAAUCGUCCGGUCUAUACAAUUUGGUAAUUCUCCAUAGAGCUCAUCCAUCCUCCUCCCGUCCCUCAUCACUUCCCGCCUUUGAUCACUCAACAUUGCAUGUGGAAACUCAAAAUUAAUCUAGAGUCUUAGUCAAGAAUCAGAACGUAACUUCCCGAUACUACAUUAGCUCUAUCGUACAUUCAAAACCCAGCUAUCAGCUACUUA